AAGGUGAGCGCAGACGCUCUGAAGACGCUCGGCUGGAGGGACAUGGAACUAGUGCCGGCAUUUCCUGGAGUGAAGGACGCCAAUGCAGAGCCAAGACAAUGCAUCCCGAGAGGAUCACCAAAGGGCUUUACUCCGACAGUUUCAUAAGGGGACACCUAUGUACAAAACACCCUGCAAUCAGCAUACAAGUGUUAUAAUUUUCAUGAAUAAAAAGUUUGAAAUGAAUAGAAAACACCCCGAUUUAAAGGCACUGCAUCAAUCUGAGCAGAACCAUCAGGUUUGAGUGGGUGUGCGGUCUCAUCCUUCCAAGCUUGGGUCUUCUACCAGAGGCCUGGGAGCUUGAGGGCUCUGCCAGUCCUCCAGUUUGGGGGUUCCUGCCCCGAUGACCACGGUCACCACUGAUGUCUUCACUCUCCAGGCUUUCUCAAGUUCUGCUUUGAGGCCUUGCCCACCCUCACAUCCGCCCUCUACCGCCCGUCUCCUCCCAGCCGAGCCCACUCCCUCCUCACCAGCGGAACCAAUGAGACUCAGUGGAGAAAUUGCAGACCAAAAUCAACCAGUGUUCAGUGGGAGCGGAUUAAACAAGAGUUUCCAGGAGCUAGAAGCACCAAGCAGCUUCCUCUCACCUUGGACCACGACGAAUGACGUGCAGGAAGCGACCUCUCCUGCGACCAGCCUGACCGGCCCGGCGACCUGCGUCACCAAAGUGGAGCUGCGAGUGUCGUGCAAAGCUCUGCUGGACCGAGACACAUUGAACAAGUCAGACCCGUGUGUCGUCCUCAUGGUGCAGAACAACGGGCAGUGGGUUGAGGACACCAUGGCAGCCUGUGUGUCUCCAACAUCAGCUACACAACGCAGCAAGUCCAUUUGGAUCAUUGGAGACAGCUACGUGAGGCGUGGUGCCCAGAGAGCUGCAGAGACCGUCGGAGACAACCUUGGCCUCCCUGACGUCUGUGUCUCCUGGUUUGGUUGGGGCGGACUGAGGUGGAAAGACCUUCUCCCCUUCUUUCACUCCCUUCAUGGAAGAGCAGCUCCUCAUGUCCUCAUCAUUCACUGCGGCGGCAAUGACAUGGGGGUGGUCAGCAGUGUGACGCUGGUCAACAUGAUGAAGGAGGACCUUCACCGGCUUCACCUUCUCCACCCUCAUAUGACCAUCAUCAUGUCGUCCAUCACCCAAAGGUGUAGAUGGAGGGCAGGUGUAAAACCUGCCAAAAUUGAGAAGGCCCGGAGGUUCGUCAACAGUGUAAUGGCUACUUUUAUUUCUAGUUUAAAUGGUGCAGUUGUUGUGCAUCCUCACAUCAGACAUGACAGUCCAGGGAUAUUUUUGUCAGACAGAGGGUGUGUCCGAAUCCAGAGGAAGGAUGCUUGUAAGAGCGCAUUAUGAGGUCGAUGACGUCAAAGCGCAGCGACGAGUACUGUCCGAAUUCCAAGAAUACUCAUUCUCGCGUCCUCAAACGCGUCCUCGCUCCACCCACAUUUCGAGGAUGGGUCUGAUGGAUCCUCACAGGAGCAAGGGUAUCCCAGCAUGCUUUGCGCGCCGGCUGCUGGACUCGACACUCGCAACAAUGGCGGACGGAGCGGGAGAGCAGUACAGCUUAAAAUGAUGGGUCAAGUGCAGCAGUGGGGGACACAGAUGAGAGGGAGAGUGGUGAGAGUCAGCCGACAACAUAGGGAGAAAAAGAAAGAGCAGCAGGGAUGAUGAACUCCUUGACGUCAUCAGGGAGGACAUCAGACAGCAGAGGGAAGCGGAGGAGAGGAGAGAAAGGAUGAUGGAAAGAUUUUUAGCCCUCAUGGAGAGAAUGGUGGAGAAAUAGUUUAAUUUAAAUUAGUUUUUGUUCUGGUUCAAGAUAUUUGUUAUGAAAUUUUAUAUUUGUUGGAAUGUAUUUGACAUUUGAUGAAAU